AUGAGACGGGCGUGCGACUGUGAUUUGCCUACCCCAAAAGAUUAUUAUUCUGGUUCAGCAGCUGGGCUUCCCCGUAAGCGAGCGAACGAACGACACGUCGAGCCCCCGACACACCGCUUUGCAGGCACUCCCCAGGACGUCAUCAGGCUUCUCCGGGCCUCUGCACACGCGCUGUCUCCCUCCUCGACGCUUCUGAACGGCGCGCUCCGGGGGCCCUCAGUGCGAGACAUGAGCUUAGCUGUUCAAAAGCAGAGAGUGGGCGACAACGAUCCAUGGCGGGCUAGGCUGGCAAAAUAUGGAGACCCAGCGAGGAGACCGCGCCUGCCCGAGCCGUCGAAUAGAAAAUGCUUUGCCCUCGCUCCCAAAACCAAUCCAGUCUCUUCAUCUUUUCCCUCCAAGCGUCCAAUCACCCUGCACCACCACGCCUACCUAUCACAUCCGCCAUCGCGAGUCCUGCACCACGACAGAGGCUCGUGGACCGGACGUCAAACGGCUCCAGUUGUGUGCACCCAACAAGCGCAUCAGCACGCAUUGCUUGCCUGCCCUUGCAAACUAAUCCGCACGCGCCGCGCAGCGCAGCGCCGCACCGAACCUCACCACCACCGAAAUCUCGUGACUGCUAUACGCUGCGGUGCGGACUGCACACUGCGCUUCGGUACGUCCUUUGUCAACCAUCUUCUAUCGCUGUUCUUCUGUCCCUGUCUGUUUGUCGCUGUCCUUCUUUCCACGGCCAACGCCGCGCUCUCAAUAAUUGGAGCUGCUGGGCCUGUCCCCGCGGCGCGCGACGCUUGUCGACCAACUGCUCACCUCAAAUGCUGCCAUGUCGAAAGGGAACACACGGCUCGUAAACACGCUGUCUUGUAUCGCGCUCCACUGCCAGCGACAGAGCUGCUACCCGCGAGAGUCAGCUGCGCGCUGCGACAAUUUAUAUCACCAUCCGCGCCCGUCGCUCAAGCUUUGCAGCCGCGGAUAGAGUGCCAUCGCCAGACAGCAAGCGUCACCCCCGCGACGGCGCAGCAACCCCAGUGAGCGCAAUUGACGUGGAUACGCUGCGUGCUGAUUAAAGUCGUGUAAACAAUUCUCUUUUUCUGUCUGGACUGGCGAACUGCUGCAACGGCCCUGACCCCACACGGCGCGGCCCUUUUGAUCCCGCAUCUCGACCAUCUCUCGACUCCAAGCACGCUCUGCGCCAGCGCACCGCCUCACCAUCCCGGUGCAUCCAAUCCCCCAAGUUGCGCCUCAAGUGAGAGCUGAGGCUACGGCCGUGCGCUCCCCCAGCGAUUCCGCCUCAUAAGCGUGGCCAUUGACAACGCAUCAAGCAUCUGGCUCUGUGACGUGACCCUCCCUCCCCCCCCCAAGCCCGCCGCUGCGUGCCUAGAUAGACC